GGCAGCCGGGCGGGGGUUGCGUCCUUCUUGUCAGAAAAGAGAAAGUCGAUGCCCCUCCAGCCUCCUGCAGAAGGAACCGCGGUCCUGCUGUCACAGACGCAAGAAGCAGGCCGGUGCUGGUUUCAAAACCAGGAGAAAACUACUCUCUGGCUUCUCGGAUCUCUCCGGUUGCAGAUGCCAUUGCAGGAUUAUCGGGGGCUUCAGCUUUUUCCUGUUUGUGGUGGCGUUGCUGAUUCUGGUAGAAAUACUCCUGGUAACUGACUGAUACAGUGGAAGGAGAUGAUAGGUGGAAAUGAAUCCUGUACUGCAGGACCGAUACCUAUGUCCUACUUAACCUGCCUGACUUACAUUCUGGGAGAAUGGACUGGCGUGGAGCAUAUAGAAGAUUAUCUGAGUUAUGCAGUCUACCUUUUAUGGGUGCUUUUUCCACUUGCAGUGGUUUUUCUACUUCCGGGAGUUCUCGUCAUCCUCUUCUACACUUCCAUUCUCCUUCUUCAUAUAUAUAAAAGGAAGAAUGAACUAAAGGAGGCUUAUUCCAAUGAUUUUUGGGAUGGUGCAAAACAAAUGUUGGCUACCCUAUGGGAUGGACAUGGAAGAAUAUGGCAUGGUUAUGAGCUUCAUGGUGCUGAAAAUAUUCCUGAAGGACCAGGGCUUAUUGUGUUUUAUCAUGGAGCUACUCCUGCUGACUAUGUCUAUUUCAUGGCUAAACUUCUUAUACAGAAGAAGAGAACCUGUCACGUAGUAGCUGAUCAUUUCGUCUUUAGAUUACCAGGUUUUAAAUUAUUACUUGAUGUACAUGGAGUUAUGCAUGGACCAAAAGAAGAAUGUGUCAGUGCUCUGAAGAAGGGCUACCUGAUAGCCAUUGCCCCAGGUGGAGUUCGGGAAGCACUCUUUAGUGAUGAAAUGUAUACUAUUAUCUGGGGUAAUCGGAAGGGCUUUGCUCAGGUGGCCAUUGAUGCAAAAGUGCCCAUCAUUCCUAUGUUUACACAAAAUGUUCGAGAAGGCGUUAGGACAUUAGGAGGACUAAAAAUAUUGAGGUCACUAUAUGAACGUAUUAGAUUGCCUAUAGUUCCUUUGUACGGUGGGUUUCCAGUCAAGCUUCGUACAUUUAUCGGAGAACCUAUUCCAUAUGAACCAAAUAUAACUGCUGAGGAACUAACUGCAAAGACAAAAGCAGCACUCCAAGCUCUAAUAGAAAAACAUCAGAAAUUACCAGGAAAUAUAUUUAGGGCUUUAAUGGAACGAUUUCAAACACAAAAUAAAGAAGAUUAAGGUCUUCCGAGUAAACUAAUAAUUAGUUAUAAUAUUCUUAAAGUCAUAUUUGUAACUUAUUCAUUCUUCUACUAAUAGUUUUUAAAUACUGUCCUAAUGAUACUGCUGUAUAAUAUAAGAUAUAAGACACAUUCCCUUGCUCUUCCCCCUGUCCAGUAUCAAGCUCAGGAACCCAAACUUUAAAUCAUUCAUAAUGGGGCAAAGCUUAGUUUUUGAUAAAUGCAUUCCUACCUUGAAAGCGGUUUGUUUUGUUGUUGUUUUUGGGGGGGGUUUUGUUGUUUGUUUUUGGUUUUUUUUUUCCCAAAAUGACACUGCAAGUCUUUAUGCACAUGGUCUCUCAUGGUCCUCCCCUGCUGUGGUUGCUCUUUAACCUGAAUGUUAGACCUGCUGCAGAGCUAGCGUCUUCCUGUCUUGAUCAUCAUCACUCUAACUAGGUUUUGCAGGCCAGAUUAACGUUGUGCAGCAUUUGUGAAAACUUUCUUGAGGUUGUUACUCUUGUGCUGCUGGAAACCUGUCAACCUUCCAUGGCCUGCAGAACCUCUAGCUAUGCCCGCAAAACCUGUUUAGUUUUACUGGGUGAGCUCAGAAAGAGUUUGCAGCAAACCGAGGACGUUUGUUAAGGAAACCACUCCAAUGCGGCGAAUGCAAACCCUACAGCGCAGCUGCUAUUCCAAGCCAAGCCAUAUUGGGUAUCUGCCCUUGUGUUGUCCCGUACAUUUCUCAGUGAAUCUGCAAAUUCUCCUUUGACAGAAUGACCCAGGCAUUUAACCUUUAAGAUGUGGAAAUGAGAGUACUGUUUAGUAACAUGAGCUCAUAAAGUUUUAUUUUGAAAGAAGAAAAAAUGAGUACAACACUCCUUUUAAAAGUGGUGGUUCUUUUGAAAAACAGGAUAGACAUUCCCAGAUACCCUUUAAAUCUAGUAUAUAUAUAAACUGUUAAACGUGCGUAUUCUUCAAAUUCAGUUAUUUACAUAAUCAAAUUCAGUUAUUUACAUAAGUUAUUAAAUUAGGGUUGAGAGAGAAAUCCUAUAGACUUUCCUUAAGUGAAAACAAUUGAAUGAACAGGAAGGAGUUGCAGGAUUGGGCUUUUGUGCACUUACAGUAAAUUAUAUUAUUAUAUUUUUUCUGAACUAAAGCCUAUCCUUUUAUUGUCCAAAUAGGAAAUAUCUGAAAUACUUCUUCUGAUUGCCAGCAAGUUUAAUCUACAGUUCUUAGAUUAACAUCUGGGAACUCUUUAGUUUUGGGAUGAGGACAAAUUCCUUAAGACAAAAGAGGUUUUUGCUAUAUUACAUGGUCUCCUUUCACUAUUGUUGGGGUUUGACCUGUUCUUAAAAAAGAAACCAACAACAACGACAAAAAAACCCCCAAUUUUUGAAAGAGCAGUUGUCUUCAAUUUAGUAUCCAUUCCUCCCACCAUUGAAGCACAUGCUUUGCUUUAUACUCUUUUAAAUGUGUAAAUUAGUGGGAUUACAUAAGUGCAUGUGGAUGAUACCCUAUGUUAGAAUAUCACUUUAUGGGAAAGAGUCUAUAAAUUGUGGUUUACAAAAAGCUACUUAUUUUAUGAUGUUAUUUUAUAUCAAAAGCGUUUUAUGUGGUGUUGAAUUAAAUUUUUUAAAGCUUGGGGAAGAAUCAUGUUAUGUAAAAGCAAAUGCCCAUUCUGAAGUUUUUUUAAAUUACUUGAGCUUUAUUUGAAGGCAAGAUUGUGUCCUUUUAAUUUAUCAGAAUGUUUUUUAAAAAUAUUAUGUUAUCACAGUAUGUCAUUAAAAGUGAUAAUGCCAAAUUCCUGCAUUGGAGUAUGACUUAAGUAUGACUUUGUUUUUACUGUCUGUCUUGAGGAAAAUGUAUAUCGUUCUAUAUUGUGAAAUUCUCUAAGGCAGCUGAACAUCUUUUGUGUUGAGGUUGCGUAUAUGUAAAAUAAAACUCAGUCUAAAAGGGUCUGUUAGACGUGAACAGACCUUCGUGAUCUGAGAUUUUGUAAAAUUUAUUUUACUAAAUAUGUAGGCUGUUUGAUACAGUUUUGUCCCUUUAAGUAUUGAAGAGUAUAAAAAAGGAAGGGCAGUAUUGCUACUCUUUAAGUGUUCAUAUUUGUAUAGGCCUUUCAUAUUUAUUUCUAUAUAUAAAAAAAUGUAUAGAAGACACCUUUCGAAUAAAACUGAAAACUGGAACA